AUGCAUCACUCAAACAAGAACCUGGCUGAGACUUGUGGCAUCGAUAUCCAGCCAGAUAAUACCAUUCACGUCCUGCCACUUAUUCAAAAUCAUCAUGAAAUUGUUGUUACUCCAGCUUCCGUUGAAGAAUAUCUACACAAUUCUGAUAACAUACCUCAGCUCAUAGACAACAGCCAUAUCGAUAAUACUGUUCAAUACACAAAUGCCAGUUCUAUUAAUGACCAACGAAAUAAAACGCUGUUUAACAUUCGCUUCACUUCACUGGGCAAACGGUUAUCUGACAGAAUUGAAAAUGAGAAUGAAGAGCUUAAUGAUGCAACAAUUGGUGUUUCAAACUCUCAGAAUAAUGGCGGGAAAAAAUCGCGUCAAAAUAGUCAUGUGACUUUCCAGAAUUUUCAAGGAAAUACUUUUGAAAUUGUGCCACACAGGGCAACGAGGUUUAGUAAAUGUUCCAGCAGUUCAGACGUGAACUUGAAAGCAUUAGCUUCAUGUGAUAGUGAAGAUGAUCAAGAAGACAGUGAUAGUUGUGAAGAAAAUAAUUCUGAUUCAGAUGUGGAGCAAAGCGUCAAUUUUCAUCUGGGCAGUGACAGGGUAACAGACGCACUUGGUGAAAAUGGCCCAGAAACACAGAUGUUUACUGAUGGAACCUCUGAACGUUCCAGCCAUUUUCUUAAUGACAGCAAAGAGAAUUCCAUUCAUGAGGAAAGUCAUGUAGGUAUUUUAUCGCAGAAUACAAGUAAGUUGACACCCCUGUUUGACAAAAAUAUUCGCCUGUCUCAUUGGAUAGAGGCUAAUGAUGCAUCUUCUAAAAAUGGCGACUUUAGCAAGCAGGACGUUCACAAAUCAGAAUCGACUCAGCUGAAAAGAGCAAAACAUAAAAAGUCAAGUGAGCAUGUGGAAUUUGUGAAUAUUUCAAAUACAGACCAGCUGCCAGAUGUGGUGUUGGUACCGUCAGUUAUUACUGUUGUAGAAGUUGAAAAAGAGCCAGUGAAAUCCAGCAGUGAAAAGUCAUUGUUAAAUGGCUCAGUCAAGACAGCAGCACACCAACUUCAGAAUGUUGCUUUCACUGAAUUUGUCGACAUUGAUGACUUUCAGGCUUCAGUCAGGAGCGAGAUCUCACAUGCGGGUGACUUUUUGGCAACCAAAUAUGAGAAACAACUGGAGGUUUUAUUUAGAGGCGGCCCCAACAAAAGUUUAAAGUCCUACCUUCGGAAUUCCCAGUGGCCAGCAGAGAGUGGCCGCCGCUUGCAUCUCUGGGAACAGCUGUGCUAUCACCUUUGGGGUUCAACAUUGCCUUCCUUUGUUGAACCAGAAAGCAUUCUUGCGUACUUUCUAACCGCUCCAGGGCUGGAGCAUGUCAGCAAUAUAUUAUGCCUUCUGAACCACCUGCACCCAGACAUCACUUUCUGUCCAUUGCUGUAUCCCAUGGCCUGCCUGUUCCUACAUUACAUGCCACCUCAAGCUUGCUUCAACUGCCUGCAGGCUUUACUCCACAGCAACAGAUCUUGCUACUUUCACGCAGACAUACAUCAAGACACAGGCCUGCAAGUAUGUCCUCAGAGAUUUGGCAAGAAAAUAUGCUGUGAGUAUACUCGUAAAUUUCCAAGACAGGCCCAUGAUCUGAUGGCCCAGGGUGGGAGGAAGGUGGAGGACAUCUUUGACAGCUGGAUGUGGUGGAUCUUCAGAGACCUGCCAUUUCAGUACUUGGUGAGAAUUGUUGACAGUUUCUUGUUGGAAGGAUACAAGAUUUUCUACAGGAUAUCCUUGGCUAUUGUUAUCCUCUUUGCUAAAGGAUAUAAUAAAACUGGAAGUGACAAGUCUUCAGUGAAGGAUUUCAGUGCUGACAUAUCCAGCUUCUGUAGAAACAUCUCUGUGGCUCCCCGGAAACUGAUUCAGGUUGCCUUUGGAAUCCGAGGUCUGAGCCGCAGAGAAAUAGCCAAACUUCACGAGAAGAAUGAGGCCCUUGUCUCCUCUUUGCCUACACGAAAAUACAGUUCAAAAGUGAGAUUAAAGGAGACAGUUCCUUCAGCGAUUCUCACCGCUGAUAUGUUACAACAAAUCUGGCAGUGGAUACCUACAAGGCUCAGUUUAAUGAAACCCAAGCUACUGUUCUCAUCCGAUGAGGAUGGUACUGCAAUCCGUACCUUGUACACACGGACAGAAUAUGCUGAUCAAACCAUAUUGGCUGUCAAGACAACAAACAACGAGAUCUUUGGAGCAUUUUGCUCUACAUCUUGGUACACUAGACAUGAAAAGAACAAACCAAAAACAUCCUUCUUUGGCACAGGAGAGACAUUUGUGUUCACGAUUGUACCAGAUGUGAAACGAUACCCAUGGACUGGAUUGUUGGAGAAUCCACCGAAUCAGACUGCAGAUCUGUUCAUGGCUGGGGAUGAUCACAUGCUGAUGAUUGGCAGUGGGAAUGGAACAGCCAUUUACCUGGAUGGCAUGAUGAACAGAGGGAGCUCAACACAUUCUGACACAUUUAACAACCAUCCUUUGUGUUCGACUUCAGAUUUUAGUUGUAAUGUGGUGGAAGUGUUUGGGUUCAUUGAGUGA